UCACUUUUACCGAGAAAUAGCGUCCAAGAUAUUUUAGAAAUUGUUCAAGAAGAGCAAUUUGAAAAGUUAGCACCGAAAGUUGUUCUGGAUCCUAGAUUCACUCAAUAUACGCUUAAUGAUGAAAAUAAAAAUCACGAGGCCGGUUACGACGCGUAUAUUACUGGGUAUAACUUUAUCAGAAUUGCAGUAUUUAUUCUCCACGAAAAAGAGGAGAAGAUUGAUGUUUAUGCUAAUGUAUUGGGCGAUUGUCCGACAAAUGGACUGCCAAAUGAAGAUAUGGCAACAGAUCCAGAGCAAAACGAAGAAAAUGAAAUGAAUUUAUUUCAAUAUAUGAUGUCAACAGAAAAAUUGACGCGUUAUUUUAACAAAUUGCAUUUAUUGAGAUCAGAUUUCAAGUAUAUAAAUUUGGAUGGUGAUGACGGAUAUCCUCCAACAAAAACGAAUGGAUUCUUGUUAUCAAAAAUUCCAGUAUCUUGUUCCAAAGCGACAAUGAACGCCAUUUUCGAAGAAUAUGGAGAUAUAUUUUUUCAAUGGAUUGAUGAUACACAUUGUUGGCUUACUGUUAAAAACGAUAAGAAAGUAAAUAAAGUUCCAAAUGGAUUCUUGGGUCAAUCAAAAAUGUUUUCAGAGUUUCUAGAAGGUGGUAAAAAAUAUAGUCUGGCACAAGAAAAAGGAAUUACAAAGGAAAUGGGUGAAAUUUAUAUCCAGUCAUUCGGUGAUUGGAUACAAGAAAUAAUAAAAGCAGAAGAAGAGGAUGAAAAUGAAAUUGAACCUCAAGACAUUGAUAAUAUAUCAGUCGAUGGAAUAAAGGAUGAAACUUAUGAUAAUAUUGUUGAAGAGAUAGAAUUUGAAUAUCAAGAACCUUUCUCAAUUCCUCGAGAUGAAUUAUCAACCUGGGGAUGUUUAAAAGACGAUUGGAAUGAAGAUAAUGAAGAUGAUAAUGCAAUAGAUACGUCUAGUGGAUGGGGUCAACCUCCUACAUAUCCCUCAGAUUCAAUAAAUGCCAGUGCUAAACGAGUUUGGUAUUGUAUUAAAAUAUGA